UCUUUUCUCUAUUAACCCUCUUUUCGAAGAAGCUAACGCCAAAACGAUGUCGUAUGUGCCUCCGCACCUCAGAAACCCGAGUUCCACCACCGUCGCCACCGCCAGAACCCCCUCCGUAACCCUAGACAACCACCACCACCACCACCACAAGCUCGCAUUCGCCUCCAACACCACCACCAAUUGCUCUCCAUCUCUCUCCUCCUUCCACAACAAUGCCUCUCGCCGGAGCUCCGCCGCGCCUCCCUCGCCGCGGAUUCUCGCCAACCCCGACACCAUCUUCCCCCAAUGGCAACCCUCCGAACGCGUUUCCCGCAUGACUCCGGAACAGAUUGAAGAGGUCCGGUCCAGGCUUAAUCUUGAUGUUGCUGUCGCAUCUGACUCUCCUCCUGCACCUGCUCCAAUAGAAUCGUUUACUGAUAUGUGUUUGCAUCCGAGUAUCAUGAAGGACAUUGCUUACCAUGAAUACACCAGGCCAACUUCGAUCCAGGCACAGGCCAUGCCAAUUGCUCUCAGUGGAAGGGAUCUAUUGGGUUGUGCUGAAACCGGUAGUGGAAAGACUGCAGCUUUCACAAUUCCUAUGAUACAGCAUUGCUUGGCCCAACAUCCCAUUCGGCGCAAUGAUGGUCCCCUGGCAUUAGUUUUGGCUCCUACGAGAGAACUUGCUCAACAAAUAGAAAAAGAGGUUAAAGCUUUUAGCAGAUCUCUUGAGUCAUUAAAAACUGCCAUAGUUGUGGGCGGAACCAACAUUGAAAAGCAGAGGUCUGAACUAAGAGCUGGAGUUGAAAUAGCAGUUGCCACCCCUGGAAGAUUCAUUGAUCAUUUACAACAAGGCAACACUUCCCUCUCCAGAAUUUCUUUUGUUGUUCUAGAUGAGGCAGAUAGAAUGCUUGAUAUGGGUUUUGAACCACAGAUAAGAGAGGUAAUGAGAAAUCUUCCAGAGAAGCAUCAAACACUGCUGUUUAGUGCGACUAUGCCUGUGGAGAUUGAAGAAUUAUCAAAAGAGUACUUAGCUAACCCAGUGCAAGUGAAGGUGGGGAAAGUGAGUAGCCCAACAACUAAUGUUUCACAAACUCUUGUGAAAAUUUCUGAAAAUGAGAAGAUUGAUCGGCUUCUAGAUUUGCUUGUAGAGGAGGCAUCACAGGCCGAAAAAUGUGGUCAUCCAUGUCCAUUAACAAUUGUGUUUGUUGAGAGGAAGACAAGGUGUGAUGAAGUUGCUGAAGCAUUGGUAGCUCAAGGAUUAUCUGCAGUUUCUCUUCAUGGUGGUCGCAGUCAGAGUGAAAGAGAAGCUGCCUUGCAUGAUUUUCGGAGUGGCUCCACCAACAUUUUGGUUGCCACUGAUGUCGCGUCUCGUGGCUUGGAUGUCACAGGAGUGUCACAUGUCAUUAAUCUAGAUCUUCCAAAGACCAUGGAAGAUUAUGUACACCGGAUUGGAAGGACAGGGCGUGCGGGAUCAACUGGCUUAGCUACUUCAUUUUACACUGAUCGCGACAUGUUCCUCGUGGCAAAUAUAAGGAAAGCAAUAGCUGAUGCAGAAUCUGGGAACACACUGACAUUUGCAACCGGAAAGGUUGCUAGAAGGAAGGAGAAAGAAGCAGCAGCUGCACAAAAAGAGGCAAAUAUUGCUUUAUCCAAACAGUUAGGAUUGGGAGCUGCUUCAAUGAACAUUGAAGAUAAAUAUAAAUUCAUGAUUACUGCCACAAACACUAAAAAAGAGGGAGCAGCAGAUAGUGCCUGGGAUGAUUAACGAAGUAUUUGGUUCUUCCCAUAUUUGAUUGGUGACAACUGCUAAAGCCUUUUAAGUGCUGGUGCAUAAUUGAUAUUGAGUGCAUUUAUAGGUUUGUUGCUUUUAAGACGCUGGAGAUGGAGAAGUUUCUUGUUAAGUUUCCAAGUCUACGUAUUGUUUCACACCGUUGUAACCAACUAGCUUGCUAGACGCCUAGGUGCUUUGUAGAGUUGUCAUGCAGGUAGUGCAUCUUAUGUAAUCAUAGAAGUGCAAGUUUUUUUUAAAUUUGUGUUACGCCGAAUAUACCACUGUUCGCACAAAUAUUUCAUCAUCAUUAAAUGUAUAUAUCCAGCUUGCUGCAUUUCACACA